GUCCCAGUGGAUGUGCUGUUGGAAUCCGUUCAAAAGGACUUGAUCUCCACGGGCCGUCAAGAGCAUGUUCAAAAAUUGCCCUAUAUUGGCAGCACCACCAUGCCACAGUCCUAUGUCAACAUCAAGGCAGGCACAUCCAGUCUCAAGAAACAGCGGAUCGAUGAAGAUUUGGUGGUUACCCCCCGUCGCGACUUGGAGUAUUGGGUCUUCUUCUGCAGAUUCGCCAUCUACCUCGAUAUCGCCAUGCGAGACGACGAUAUCUUGGUGGGAUUCAGAUACGAGUCCUUCACUCUUGCCAUCGGAGAGUGCCCGGCAAAUUAUCGAUAGUUUUACUACAUUUCUCAGGCGAAUCGCGAACUCCUAUGAC